AUGCUCUCGGAAGCCAACUUCUACCUUGAGACUUGUCACCGAAUGUCACGGCAGUGGCAGCCCGAGCGAGGAUUCAAACUCAGUCUUGGGCAGCUCAGCACGAUCCGACACAUCUCCCUCACUCUCGAUAGGCUGUAUAGCAACGUCGGUGCCCUGCGCCAACUCAUCACCACAUCACUGCCGAAUCUGCGAAGAGUAACGUCCCAUAUUCCACGGACCGAGUACAGUUUGUUCGGAGUAGGAUCAUUCGUGCAGACCGAUCCAGAUGGGACCAUGAGUGCGAGCCAUCUACAAAAUCUCAAGAAGAACGUGGAGUCCGAUCUCCACUAUUGUCUCAGCAAACAUCCAUGGAGUGGCUCAGAUGUCAAACGAACAGACACGCACGAGGUGCUCGCGGCAUGGCAGGAUUGUGGGCGGCGUUUUGAGCCUAUAAUCGUGGCUUGGACGUAUGCACAUGGCCCGUUUCCCACAGAACAGGCCGAGGCUGGACUGGACUGGUACAACGCAGUGCGGAUUGUACUGGAAAUCAACCUCAAGACACGCGUCGUGAUCGCUAAGAAGGUCAACGAUUCGUCUGAUAUGAAUCAACUUCAUCAUCCUGCUUGCAGGCCAGAACACAGAUUCGUCUUGGGCGAAGCCGUCAUCGAGAACAUGGUUGAGUCUGUGGAUAGCCAGGAUAUAUCCUAG